AUGCAAUGGGAGAUCAAAAGUCCCUUUUGCAAAGGGUGUGGAAACUCCAGUUCCAUUUUCACAUCCUCAAAAUCUGAAAAUCUUGCUAGACGAAUCAGAAGAAUUGUUGCUGAACAGGCAAAGGAAAAGCGUCAUUCUUCAAGGUCCUCCCACGUCUGGCUAAUGCUACCUUCCUUCGAUGAAGGUCGAAGGGACCUGGGGUUCGUGGAAGUCGUUAUCAACCGGGUUGUAACAUCUCAGAUACACCAAACCCCGGGAAGCGAAAGCGGCAGCCGAAGCCAGAAUGCGUAA